AUGUCCAUUGAGGCACAGCCCGCGCAACUUACAGAGAACCGCGUCUCCUCCAUCCAUGAAGAGCAUAGGACAUCCUCGCCUUCCUCCUCCUGUGACAGGAAGAUUGAACUGGACGUCGAGAAGCAACCGCCAGAGGAUUUGCUCGCAGACCCUUAUAUGUUAAGGUCUGCCAUGAAGUCUGUGUCUGAGUUGGAGGCCCUUCGGAAGAGGGGGAAGAAUGGGAAAGGAAUCGGAGUGUAUCACUUGAGGCAGAAUUUGCUCAUCGACAAUCUUCUGAAACCUAUCGAUGAGCAUUCCGAGGAUGCCAGGAUGGCUGAAGAAGCUGCGCGUCUUCCCAUUCAGAUCGCUGUUUAUGGAAGCUUGUUUGUAAACGUUAUGAUUUGCGUGCUUCAGGUGUAUGUGGCCGCCACAUCCUCGUCGUUAUCUCUGCUCGCGGCGGCAAUUGAGUCGAUUUUCGAUGUCGGUUCAAUCUUGGUGCUACAAGGCCUCCCGUCUUGA